AUUUAUAUGAAAUAGAAAAUAAUUGAUAGUUAAGUAACGUUUGAUGACGUUUGUCUACCUCCUAAAGGUUUUUUAUCUAUUUUGCCCAUUAUUUUUGUAUAAGCAAAGUAGCAAAUUUAUUAGUGUGCAAUUAAUGCCUCAGCUGCAUGGUUGUGUAAUUGAUUAAUUAAUGUAGAGCAUCUGGUAGUGCACUUAGAAAUACUAUUGACAAUAAGUUACACAUGGCAAAACCAAUGUGUUGAUUGUUAGUCGGUAGCAGAAGUACGUACCGGAUUUAUUCAGUACUGUGCAGUCCGUAUGUGUAAAUAGGCGCUACUUCCGCUCUGCAUCCGCACGUGAGCAGUCAUAGCGCACGUUACGGUAGGCGUGUUUAGAAUUUUGCUGAUCGUUUGCUACUAGCCAAGAGAAGUCGGCGUACGUAUUAGACUAGUUAGUAGGUGUGUCUCGCGCCGUUCUCACGAUAUCAGACGAUGGCGACGACGAUGGAGGUGGAGGUCUCUGUAGGAGCUAGCAGCCGAGUUGAAAUGUCUGUAAGCUGCACCGGUCUUGUCAACAUGGAUAUCUUGUCAAAGAGCGAUCCAAUGUGCGUCCUGUUCGUAAAGAAAAUGGGCAAAUGGGUCGAACAAGGACGAACAGAGACGAUACAAGACAACCUCAAUCCAAAGUUUGCAAGAAGUUUCAUCUUGGAAUACCAUUUUGAAGAGGAACAGCCUCUAAAGUUAGCCGUUUUCGACGUCGACAGUGCAUCUCAUGAUCUGAGGCAGCACGAUUUUAUUGGAGAAGCAGAGUUCACUCUGGCAGACGUCGUUGUGUCGGGCCAAGAACUUGUCAAGAAUUUGUAUAUAUCGGGAAAGGCUCAAGUGAGAGGAACAUUGCAUGUGUCUUGUGAAGAAAUGGCAGAAAGCAAAGCCAACAUACAGUUUCACAUGAGAGGAGAAAAUCUUGACAAGAAAGAUUUUUUUGGAAAAUCAGAUCCAUACGUUGAAAUUAGUCGAGGGAAAGAAGACGGCACAUUUACAGUUGUGUGGCGAACAGAAGUAAUAAAGAAUACGUUGAAUCCUACAUGGAGACAGUUUGAAAUCAGCUCUCAGAAGUUGUGCAAUGCAGACUAUGACAGACCAUUACGUUUCACGUGUUGGGACUGGGAUAGGAAUGCUUCUCCUGAUCUUAUUGGAUUUUCCGAGUCAACUAGCUUGCGUACACUACUGGAUGACAUAAAGUCUAGAAGAAACCCUCGACUGCAAUUGAUUGAACCAGACAAGAAGAAGAAGAAAGGUCAAAAGUACAAGAACUCAGGAAUAUUACACAUCAUGAAAUGCGAUGCUAUUCCUGUGUCAUCUUUUGUUGAUUAUUUGCGAGGAGGAUGCAAUGUGUCUCUGAUGGUCGCCAUUGAUUUCACAGCAUCAAACGGAGAUCCAAGACAACCCAAUUCUCUUCACUACUUCCAUCCUUAUCAGAUGAAUGAGUACAUGGAGGCUAUCCAAUCGGUUGGCAAUGUGCUGGCUCACUACGAUAGUGACCAAAUGUUCCCAGUUUGGGGAUUUGGUGCUAAACUUCCUCCAACAUAUGCAGUUUCGCACUGCUUCCCUCUGAAUGGCCGUGAAGGCAACCCCGAAGUGCAAGGAGUUCAGGGUAUAAUGGAUGUGUACAGACAAGGGUUGAGUAGUGUUGUUCUUCAUGGUCCGACCAUCUUUGCUCAGAUACUCAGAGCUGUUAUUGCAGAAAUAAGGAAGGCUCCGUGUUCACAAUUAGAUCAAAACUACUACAUACUGCUCAUAAUUACUGAUGGCGUGAUACACGACAUGCAGAAUACAAUUGACCUUAUCGUGGAGGCAUCGAACAUGCCCCUUUCAAUUGUCAUUGUCGGCGUGGGUGGUGCCGACUUUCACAACAUGGACGUGUUGGAUGCUGAUGACACGCCACUGAAAGCUCGUAACGGUCGACUCAUGUCUCGAGAUAUUGUGCAGUUUGUUCCUCUGCGACAGUUCAAAUCACAGAUGGGAGCUAAUUUUUCCUUGGCCCGAGAAGUACUUGCUGAAAUUCCUGGACAGUUGGCAUCGUUCAUGAAGAGUCAAAGAAUUGAACCUAACCCUCCGAGACUAGAACGGCAUUAUAGUGAGAGACGGAUGCAACCUUCAGGACCCAGUGCACCUACCCUGGGGCCUCAAGGACAGGCGCCUUAUCAACCUGCAGGAUUUCAACCUGUGCCUUACCCAAGUGGUCCGUAUGCACCCUAUCAAGGUUAUGGAUCUCAAGCGACUGGUGCAUCUGCUCCUUACCCUACUGGACAGCCUUUGUAUCCACCAAGUGGACAGCCGUUUUAUCCUCCAGUCGGACAGUCUUCUUAUCCACCAGGUGGACAACCUUCUUAUCCUCCAGGUGGCCAGUCUUCCUAUCCUCCAGGUGGACAACCAUCUUAUCCUCCAGCUGGACAUCCUCCUUAUCCUCCAGGUGGACAGUCUUCCUAUCCUCCAGGUGGUCAACUUCCUUAUCCGCCGAAAUCUGCCCCUUAUCAAAGUCAGACUUUUGGAGGUCCAUGACAUUAAAGUAGUUUACAUCGAGCAGAGUCUACUUUUGCAUGAUUUACGUGAUAUGAGGGAUAUCUCAAAUUUGCUAGGCACAAUAGAUUACUGAAACAACAAAAA